GGACUAGAUCAUGCUGCAGGGUGGCCUUCUGGGAGUGUCCAGUUACAGGGACCUGGGAACCGCCCCGGGCUGAGAAUUCUCCAGGUCCCCUCCUCCCUGCUGCUGUGAGCCAGGCUGGGGAAACACUUUCAGUUUUGUUUUCUUGUAUGCAGUAAAGGAAACUCCACAGAAGUCCUCUGAGGAGCAGAGCAUGGAGGCUGACUUCCAGGUGUGCAAGAACUGCAAAAGAAAUGUGGCCUCUGUCCACUUCACCCUCCACGAGGCCCACUGCCUGCGCUUCCUGGUCCUUUGCCCGGAAUGUGAGGAGCCCAUCCCAAAGUUAAAGAUGAAGGAGCAUGCAGAAGCUGUGCACCAGCAGACCAAGGACAUCCAACAGCAUCCUGCCAAGUGCAAAUUCUGUGACCUGGCUGUGCACCUCAGCAAGCUGGAUGUCCACGAGUCCCACUGUGGCAGCCGGACAGAGCGCUGUCCACACUGCAACCAGCCCAUCAUACUCCGAGUGUUGGCCCAGCACAAAGAAGUGUGUCUGAGUGCAAAGGCCAGGUCUGAAGAAGGGAAGAAAACUGUAUCUCCUGGAAGGAAAACCCAUUCCAAUUACUGCAAACAAAUGAUUCCAGAAAAUAAAGAUGUCUCCCAUAUGAAACAAUGUCCAGCCUCCAGGACUGUGAAAUAUCUUCAGGAUGGAAAGCCAAAACUCCUUCCUCCAUCCUUUACAAGUCAGGUGACCGGAAAUCAAACACCCACAGUGAACAAAGAUGUUCGCCCAAAGACAAAAAAUAGAAACAGUUCAACAAAGCAAGAGGCAAAGGACCAAAAUGGCACCCUGGAUCUGUCUUUGAGGUCUGCGCUCCAGCAGAGGGCUGCUCUUGCUACAGGAGGAGAUGAAGCAGCCUAUGACAUCUUUCAGAGGUGCUCUCAGUGUGGCAUCUUACUUCCCUUGCCUGUUCUAAAUCAGCACCAGGAUAAGUGCCUGAGGUUAGCUCAUCAAAAGAAAAAACAAGUGAGAGAACCAGCUAGCCCCAGAGGAAAGAGGUCCUAGGAUUCAGAAGAGCUCGAGUUCACACUGGCUUCCCAGUUCACACUGGCUUCCCAGCUUCCUCUCAUGAUGGUCACAACUUUGUUUUCUUUACCAAUCCUUGUAAUUGAACUUUUUCCCUUUAAUUUUUGA